AUGGCACCGAAAUCAAAGCAUAAGGCUGCGCAAAGCACUUCAAAGCAACCUGGAAAGAAAGCGGCUGCUAAAAAGAUGCCUAGUGUUACAGGAUUAUUGCAACAAUUUUCAAAGAAGAAUAAUGGACCGGAUGCAAAAGCAAAAGGGAAUACUGGAAAACCGCCGACACCACCGGUUCCCUGCGGCGGACCACCACCACCACCUCGUCAGGUUUCGGUGAUGCAACCAGCUAUUCCUACGGAUCAACAAGAACCGACUAGCAACAACAACAACAACAACAACAACAACAAUAAUAAUAAUAACAUCAACAAGAGCAAUAUGGCGACCGUACUACCAGGGGGUCCGCUGGCCAACAAUCAGUAUAUGCAGCAACAAUUUGGUCAGCCAUUACCUCCACCGGCACAGCCACAGCCACAGCCGCCAAAAGUGGAACGAAAAACUAAUGGACAAGUCAUGAUUACCAUACAAACUAUUCAAGGUGUAAACAACAACAACAACGUCGUGAACAAUGCGAAUAACGUGAAUAUGAACAAUCCGUACACGAUACCACAGCCGCCGAUGAAUCAAUGCCAGUUUCAACAGCAAGCAGCACCGGGACCCCAACAGACGUCUGCGAUGACUCAGAUCCCAGCAGGGCCUCCAGUGCUUAAGCCUCCUAGUCAAAAGAAACGACGGCUAUCAGGAGAGCGAGUCAUUGAGCCUGGUGAUAAAAACGAAGCGCAUGUCGAAGUACCGGAUGCGUCGAACGAUCAAGAAAGAAUGGACGAUAAGAAACGAUCAAACGAUAAUCUUGGCGAGUUUCUGCGAAGGACAUUUGAACUCGGUGUCGAAGGAUUGCGAAAGGAAUAUAAAGAAAUUCCGAAUGACGCUCCCUUAACGGCAGCGACUGCAUUUCGAGACAAUCCGACUAGAAAUCGUUACUAUAAUGUCCCGUGCUGUGACAGAACUCGAUUCAUAAUGCCGGAUGAGCCAAACUAUUACAUUCACGCAAAUUAUGCGAACUCUGGAAACGUUAGGAAUCGAUUUUUGUGUGCCCAGGCGCCGAUGACUGUUUCAUUGGAAGAUUUUUGGAAGAUGAUAUUCGAAUCGGGCACUGAAUUCAUAGUAAUGUUGUGUGAUUUGAUUGAGAAGAACAAACCAAAAAGCGUUGAAUACUUUCCAUCAGUCGUCGGCCAACAACUCACAAUUGGCUCAUUUUGUACGGUGCUCAAAGAGCAAUCAUCCGAAAGUUCGAUUCGAAUAAUCAGGCAUAUUCAUUGGCAUAAUUGGCCAGACCAUGGCGCACCGGAGAAUCUAUUGACGCCAUUUCGAAUAAUUGGCCAGAUUAAAGGAACAAAGAAACCGAUAUUGGUUCAUUGCUCGGCGGGUGUUGGACGAACUGGCACGUUUGUCCUAAUAAUGCUCAUAAUCGAACAUAUCAAAGACCCCGACUUCCCGGGAGCCGCGAAGAUGCUGAUGAGACUACGCGAGGACCGAUUCAAAGCGAUUCAGACCGAAGUGCAGUAUCUCUACGUUCAUCGAUGCAUUGUUGAAUACCUUUUGGUUAAAAAGUAUACGACGACAAACUCGAAAGAAUACAACCGGUUUAAAGAGGACUACGAGAAGGUUGCGAAUGGAGCGGCGAGCAUUGAGAAACCCAAUUGA